AUGGUGAAGAAUAAAGGACUUGGUAAAGAUUGUUCACAUUAUGAGAAACUAUUAAAAACAGAAAAAGACAAGCAAGAUAUUUUAGAUAAAAUUAAUCAACGAAGAAAUAAAGUCGCAUCGGGUGACAUACGUUCUCUGCCCCCUGCUGCAAACAUGCUUAAAAUGGAAUGGAACGAGCAAUUGGAAAUUUCUGCACAGAGAUGGGCCGAUCAAUGUUUUAAUAGCAGUGUUAUUGAAAGGAGAGAUAUCUGUACAGAUUUAGUAAAUGAGACGGUCGGUCAAAAUGUAGCAACUAUAUACGGCGAAGCGCCUGGCUUAACAAUAUCAAGUUUGGUUGAUAUUUGGUAUAUGGAGCUUUUGAAUAUGAAUAGCUCUAUUAUAUCGCGAUACAGACCGUCAUCCCUGACACGUUUAUCGGAAUACGAUAAUUUCACUCAAUUGGUGUGGGCUGAAACGAACAAGGCUGGAUGUGCCGCUGUGAAAUUUAAGGAAUCGGAAGGAAAUGAAACCGUGUAUAGAUUGGUGUGUAAUUUUGCACCAAGUGGUAAUCGAUUUGGGGAUUCUGUGUACAAUGAAGGGCAACCAUGUUCAAGAUGUCCCUUUAACCGAAGCUGUGAUACUCAAUUCAGAAAUCUGUGUAGUACUAUAAAUAAUGCACCACAACAAGUGAUUUAUGACGGUCCAACAUCCAGUUUUUUCAGAGAUUUAUUUAGAACAGAGAACAGAAUACAUUAUGAAAGCUCCACGGAAAGUAUUAGCGUAUUCAAAAGCACUUCAACUCUAGAUAAUAUUACCGAAGAAGAUGCUCAGUUUGAUUUUUUAUCUGAUUUAUUUGAAGUAAAAAAACCACAGUUACUUACUGAAAGAACUACCUUAAAAUGUAAAGAUUACUUGGCAGUCGACGAUUUUAUAGAAAUGUUGAAAAGUAAAUUGACUAAUGAUCAAAUACUGAGAAAUUUAUUGGCUACGUCUGCACAGACUAAUAGCCCAGAACCUACAUUUACUGAUCGCACGAUGGCAGCUAUGAUUAAUCAAAUUUAUAGUACUAAAACAACCCCUACAACGACAAAAACAACUGUAAAUGAUUACAUAAAUUCAACGCUUUUGGUUGAUCUUGUUGAGGCUGUUAUAUUCCGGCACAGCAAUCGAUUUUCAACGAAUGAUGAUGUAAAAUCUUUUACACAGUAUGAACCUGAUAUAAGCGUCGUCAAAGUACAAGCGCAGACAGGUGAGGUUAUAACUAACAAUGAGUUUACAGGACAUUUCUUUUUCCCUGAAGAAGAAGAAUCAGUAGAGACAAAUACGGACGACGAAAGCACUGAGUCAUACUACGAUUCUGAUAAAUUAGCUGUUUCUGAUAUAUCAAUGGAAAUUGAGGAUUUGAAAAGGGACAGGAUCACAAAAGAUUUCAUAGAAGAAAUUUUAGACUCAGAACUUGCGAUGGAAACUAUUAUAAAGGAUGCAAGUUUACCGGACUUAAAUACUGGUAACACUCUGGUUAUUAAUGAGUAA